AUGGCUUGUCCUUGUACGCAGCUUCAAGACGCCAUUAACGAGUUGGCUACUCAAUUUUAUACUAUUCUUGAAUAUCUUAAUACAGCACAUGAUUUUGUACCUUUAGAUGGGCAAACUAAAGCUUCAGAUCCAGGCGUUCAUCCUGAGGAUGCGGACAAAUUCACCGAAAUUCAACACAAAUUAUCAAUGAAUCUUAUAGAAAAAGUAAAGCAAAUUGAUUUAUUAAUUGAUACAUUACCUAGUCUUUACGAAACUGAACAACAACAACUCACACAAUUAACUAAUUUACAGGAACAACUAAAAGAAAUCGGUCAAAAAAAACAUUCAUUACGUAUAGAAAAAGAUAACUUACAACAACAACUUGAUAAAAUUAUAUUUAACUUUACGAUAAAACGUAAUCAAAUCUUUAAAUCUUAA